GUUGUAGUACAUUCUAUGCACAAGUACCAGCCUAUGAUAUGUAUCAACCAGAUUUCUAAAGAAAGUUCUAGUGAUAAAACUUCACAAGUAAAGAUUUUUACAUUUCCAGAAACCCUGUUCUUUGCUGUUACAAGUUAUCAAAAUCAACAGAUAAGCAAAUUAAAGAUUGAAAGUAAUCCAUUUGCUAAGGGAUUUCGUGAAACAAAUAAAUACAGAGACAGUCUUCGAGAACUUAUGAGGCAGCAUCUAAAGUGUAGACAAAUUGUCACAGCAUCAUGUGUUAUUCCUCAUUCUACAUUUUCAUCAUGUGUUAUUCCUCAUUCUAAAUUCCCAGGUAAGAAAUCACUUUAUUUUCAUUGUGCCUGUCAUCAAGAACUUGAUGUGUGA